UGCGUCCUGAAGAUGGACCACCACUGCCCCUGGAUCAACAACUGCGUGGGCCAUCGCAAUCACGGCUCAUUCACGCUCUUCCUCCUCAACGCUGUGCUGGGCUGCGCGCAGGCCACCGUCAUCCUGGCCAUUUGCAUCUACCACGCUAUUCAUAGGACGUGGUACGUGUACUACGGUUCGGGUCGCGAGCCGCGGGUGUACCUGGGCCAGUGGGCCAUCGUGGCCUGCAUGUUCGUGCUGGGGCUGGCCAUCGGGGUCGUGCUGGCCGUCGGCAUGCUGCUCUUCUUCCAGGUGCGGGCCAUCCUGCGCAACCGCACGGGGAUCGAAGACUGGAUCCUGGAGAAGAAGGCAACACGCAUCAACAUUUUAGGAGUUUCUGUAAACCCUUAA